AUGGCCGAUCAGGAUAUAUGCUCUAAUUCAAAUAAUUCGGAAGAGAUUAAUGCACCUCACAAUAAAUCGACUCAAAGCUCAACCUCUGAUAGUCCUAUUAAUUCUUAUCAUUAUAUGAAAAUAUCUCAGUGCUGUGGAGACAUCAAUGACAGUGGACUUGGGUCUUCCCGCAUAACUACUCAAAAUCGAAAUAGUAUAGAAGAUCAGGCUCUCCAUACAGCAAAAGUAGAUCUAAAUCCUCGCUUGGGUUUGAUGUUCCAUGAACUCAGUGGUUUUAAAACAGUCGUCUCCGAAGUCAAAGCGUGCGAAAGGGAGCUUUCAGAUGUUGAAGCAAAGUUAUUGGAUCUUACCGAAGAGAUACGUAGCAGAGAAGCAAAAAUAAUCGAUCUUGAGGACGAAAUAUCCGAACUUCAAGAAACAAAAUUUGAGCUAGAAGCAGAAAACCACAAAAUUCGCUCUUCCUUCAAGGAGUGCCUGAAAAAAUCAACCUCGAAUACUAAUGAUAAGCUGACGACAAAAAUCGAAAAUCUUGAAAACGAACUUGAACACCUGCAAUUCUCCUAUGCGGAGGAAAUAAACGGUCUAAUGGAUAGAGAAGACUUUCGGUCAAAAGUCUAUGUUAAUAUCGUUAAAGAAUUAGAAGUAAAGCUCAAGGAUCUCAGAGCUAUUUCAAAAUCUCAAAAGGAACAGCUUCUUGAUUCCAUGAGGCAAAAUCGGAAGUUAGAGACCGAUAAGGCGUAUUUAGAAGAAUUAGCGCGGAAUUCCCGUAAAAGAAUUGAAGAUUUGCGCGAGAAAGUACAAGAGAAAAUGGCGAAGAUAGUUGAAAAUGAAAAGGAAUUGAAUUCUACCAGUAGACGGUUAUCAGCUAUUGAAAAGAGAUGUACCGAAUUAGAAAUUGAACGAAAUCUUCUACGUGAACAGAGAGCUAUUUCCGAGGAACGCUUGAAAUGUAUGAAUUCUGACAUUGUCGAUAUGAGGUCAGCUUUACAAUCUGCAAAUUGUAAAAUCUCUACAUUAGAGAACAAAUUGGGCGAAAAGGAACGACUUCAGACAAUAUUCGAAUCGCUAUUUCACCGAGCUGAAAACGACUCCAGAGCAACUCGAGAUUUUGCUGCUCAUUUGGAGGACGAUAAACGAACCCUGUUGGCAAAUAAUCUACGAAUGGAGUCCGCAAUCCAUGAACUUCGUUCGACUUGCACCAAUGCGGAACAGGAAGUAUCCAAAGCUAACGAGGAGAUAAGGAGAAUGAAAAGUAGUAUUGCAAAAUACGUGAAGGAUAAACGUACAACAGAGAUAGCUAUAUAUGAAUGCCUUCAAAAUGCUGGAAUAUUUCCUGAAAAAUUGGUGGUCAAUCGAAGAUCCUCUAAAUGCCAUCAAAUCAUCUUAGGAUUGGAUGCGCAUAGGUCACUCCAAUUGCUCUCGGAAAAAAUAGCUAAUUUAGUAGGAGAAAAUGAAAAACUGAAAAAUCACUUGGCGACACAGCAGUUGAAAAUUCUAGAGGAGUGCAGUAAGAACGCUGCCCAUGUCAAUGCAAAUUUUAAUCAACUGGGAGCUAAACUACAGAGUGCGAGAGAAGAUAACAAGCAACUCUGCAUUCAACAAAUCUUACUUCGACAUCAACUUGAAACUCGAAAGUUCGCCAUGGAAAAAUGUACAGAAGUUAAACGUGAGCUCCAAGAAAAAUUAAACGCUUUUGAACCGCCUAUCAAAUGCGAUUCAAGUGGCCCAGUGAAACCCGUUAGAAAUCCAGAAUUAUGUAAUCAGCUGACAAGAUUUUUUGAAGAAAGAGCAAAAUCGGCGGACCCUGAUACAUUUUCCAUCAAUCAUAACGAGAGCAUCAGAAGCAUCGCGUGCAAGAUUAAUAAAUUGGAAAAGACCUUAAAGGAUGACUGCCAAAGCUAA